UCACUACUCGCCGUUUAAGUCUGUCCGUUUUCUGUAUGUUCAAUGAGCGCGGGUAGUUACACAGCCUCGAAGUUCGUUUAAUGAAUGUUUAACGGCGGAUAAUAAACUUGCAAGUUUUUUUUUUUAACAGGAAGUAGCCAUGGCUUCCCGAGCUGGACCUCGAGCCUCUGGGACGGAUGGGAGUGACUUUCAGCAUCGUGAGAGAGUGGCCUCACACUACCAGAUGAGUGUCGCUCUCAAGUCGGAGAUCCGUAAGCUGAACAUCGUCCAUGUGCUGAUCUGGCUUCUCUUAGCAGCGCAGGUGAUGGUCAGCCAGCUGAACUUGGUGUCACACAGCAUAGUGGCUGCUCCUUACCAGUGGGAGUACCCCUACCUGCUUAGCAUCAUCCCCUCGCUCUUCAGCUUCAUGGCCCUGCCCAAAAACAACAUUAGCUACCUCGUGAUUUCCAUGGUCAGCGCUGGGCUGUUCUGCAUAGCGCCGCUCAUCUAUGGCGGCAUGGAGAUGUUCCCGGUGGCCCAGCAGCUGUACCGGCACGGCAAGGCCUACCGCUUCAUCUUUGGCUUCUCGGCUGUGUCCGUCAUGUACCUGGUGAUGGUGAUCGCGGUGCAGGUGCACGGCUGGCAGAUCUACUACAGCAAGAAGCUACUGGAUGCUUGGUUCACCUCCACCCAAGACAAGAAAAAGAAAUGACGACAGAGUGGAUUUUCAAGAGAAUGACUUCUGUCGUUGGCUGUUAGGCUUAUCAUCCAUAUAUUUUCUAACUCUUCAAGCCCCCAGUAAGUGCUAAGUCAUAGGACAUAAUGGAUUCCAAAGUGUUACGCAUUCCUGCCUUCAUCCUGGUUAGGCCUAUCUCACACCCAUGGUCUUAUCUCCGGGCUCCGGGGACAGUUUAAGAUAGCAGUUGCCUCUCUGGAACUCCAGGAACUCUGGAACUCCUCUAUAUCUCAGUUUUGAGCCAGAGCUGGUUGCCAUAAUCUGUAAACUGUCAUAACAAGGAAAUUGCUGGUCUCGGCACUAACCUCCACUUGCCCAUUCCUCUUAGCCAAGUUGGGAAUGGGUAUGUUGGAUGAACCGGUUAUUACUAGGACAUAGCCAAAAACUGGGCCACUGCACAAUGUGGCCUUAAUGGAAAGAGACAUCCAAAUGAAUUAACAACGUUUGGGCAUGUUUGCGGGCUUUUGAAAAUAAAUAAAUUCAUUAUUCAGUUGAUAAUGCACUGUAUAUUGUUUAAAAACAAUAAAAUUAGGAAUGCUGGGGCAUUUUUUUUGGUGUUUUAAUUACAUGAAGGGAAGCAGUGUACAUGUGGACUUAAGGAACCUCUGGUGUUUAACCCAACUGGUUAAAUGCAGGGCUGUGGUUGUCUUUUUUAUAGUCUGCUUGAUGUCGUAAUUUUUUGUGAAUCUAUCGAACAGAUCUAGUCCAAACUUGAGCAGAGAUUUAGCAACGCAGCCUGCCUUUAAUAUAAAAUUACACCAUUGGAAGAAGUGUAAAUGAAUAUAAACAGUGAAAUCAUGCAACAUUUUUGCAAGAUACAGCUGAACAAGUUUGGGAUAUUCUCUGAAAAUUGAUUAUUAAAGGCAAUUAUUUAUUUUACUUAAACAUGUGGCGUAAUUACAGUUUUGUUUUAUAUUCUUUACAACCCUCCAUUUCUUCCUGUUGUAGUUUUGCUUUGUGUGUUUUGGAACUUGUUUGGUUCAGCUUUCUUUGACUGAUGGCCUCACAUUCUUUUCAAGAAUUCUCUGGUACAAUAUGGAAUUUAUGGUUGAUUCAGUGAAGAUAUUUUGGACAGGCCCUGAGGCAGCAAAGCAGCCUCAAACCAUAAUGCCAACGUCUUCAUGCUUUACGGUUGGUAUGAGGUUCUUCUGUUCAAAAGCAGUGUUUUGUUUUCAACAAUGUCUGUCAUUGCGACCAAACAACUCCACCUUUGACUCACUUUGUUCCUGUAAUGCUAGGCAAGGUUUUGUGAGUUGUUGAAUUCAGUUGAGUUUGGAAUUAAGUCUCAUAUCCAUGUGUCCAAAUAUAUUAAAAAAGAAAAAGUAACCACUUUCUGGGGGGUAAACAUCAGCUUGAGUUGCUGAAAGGGGUGAAAAUUGCUGGUUGUCCAUAUACCUGACAUUAAACCACAUCUGAGACAAAUCUCGUUUGGGCAAGUGAUGGCUUAUCUUGAUUUGAAAGCUCUAAAACGAGGGCAAAUCGGUUAGGUGAAGUCACUGUAAGACCUUUCUGCACCUGCCUUGCUAUGAUUAAAGGUGUAGGCCAGCUGAAUGCAAUCUGCAUUUUUUACACUUGAA